AUUUUUUUAUUUAUUUCGUUACUUUGUUUGCCCCAAAUGCCUACUCGUUCUUCCUUGUAUUUAAUUAUUUUGACGUCCCUUACAGCUCUUACGGCUGCAAAAAAUGUUACACAUAUCACGGAAUGUCCUUCCCUUACCCCUCGCUGUAAACCUACCAAUGUCAAUGAUCUCCGUGCUGAUGAUAUUAAGGUGAUCGGAGCCCUUGGUGACAGCAUCACUACUGGUUUUGGAAUUAUGGGGUUCGAUUUAUCCAUUCCUCAACUUGCUGCAAUGGAAAAUGCAAAAAAUGAAUAUAGAGGUCUAAGUUACGGUAUCGGUGGUGAUAAGAACGCCUUUACUAUUCCCAAUUAUAUUGAGCAUUAUCAGCCCAAUAUCACAGGAUUUUCAAAAGGUGCUCAUCCUGUCCAAACAUGUAAUCCUGAUAACUGCAAUAGGACAUUAUCUCUUUUGGGAAAUGGCGGUGAUGGUUUAAACGCAGCAUUGACAGGUGCAACUUCCAUGCAUUUAGGUUAUGAGCUUGACUAUUUGAUUGAAAGUAUGCAAAACAUACAGGGUAUCGAUUUCGAAAAUGAUUGGAAAAUGAUUAAUAUCCAGAUCGGCAGUAACGAUAUGUGCGGUGCGUGUAACACUUCGUAUGUCAACGAGGUCACUCCCGAAAAAUAUGGUGGCUAUAUUGAGGCAGCCAUUGAUAGAAUUCACGCGAGUGUCCCAAACGUGAUUGUAAAUUUGAUCAGUACAUUCAAUGUAUCACAAGUUUUUCCUCUCACAGAAGCAUACCCAAACCACUGUGUCAACAGAAACAUUGACUUAUGUCCCUGUGCUUCUGUACCUGGAGGCCUUGAAAUAAUGAGCCAACUAAACAAUGCCUACAAUGAAAAACUGGUCCAGAUAUAUAAGAAAUACCAAAAGAGCAAGUUUCAUAACUUUACUGUGGUAUACCAACCGAUCAAGUUUAAUAUCCCAGCAUUUCCAAUUGAUUUCUUUAGUACCUUAGAUUGCUUUCAUCCUAGUCUAAAGGGCCAUGAAUGGGUUUCCAAAGUCAUUUGGAAUCAACUUUUUUUGCCUCAGUCGUAUAAGCCAAAAUCAAUUGACUUUGAUGGAAAUCAGACAAUUUAUUGUCCAGUUGAUUCUGAUCGAAUUAAUGCCCAUUAGAUACAGUAGCAUUUGUCUUUUGCACUCAUGUCACACAGCGUUUAAAUGAAAAAAUAAAUAAAUAAAAAAAUUCUUGUGCUUUAAACUU